AUGGACAUAGCUGAAGCAGUUAGGCGCAUAGAACUUGCAGAGGAGUUUUCGUUUGACGAGGCAGCGCUCUCCGUUGUGGGGCAGGCAGCCAUCGCCACCGAGGAAGACGGCCGAAGGCUGGCGCGCGCGCUGUUCAACAACUACUGGGGGCUGCCCAAGAAAAAGAACCACGAGCAGUGGGCGGAGUUCGUGAUGGAAAAGAUACAGAGCCGGCCGGACAGAGAGGCCGCCUGCAUGCACCUUCUGAGAUGCAUACGAGAGAGCUGGGCGCAGAUAGACAUCCGGCUGAAGGAGAAGUUUGUCUUUCUGCUGGAAAAAAUCAUAGAAGAAGCCAUAAAAACGGCAGAAAAUCCAAUCAGCCAGUUUAUUGUUAAGGGCCCUGCCGCAGAGUACGACUUGCCAAUAAUGCGGGCAGUUAUCAAAAGCAGGCCAGUCUUCAGCCCAGAAGAGGCCGAGUACCUUCUAGAGUAUCUGCUAAAAACGGCAGACACAUACUUUACAAACUUCUUUAUACAGAACAUCCUUCCCCAGCUCAGAAAGGAAGGCGUUUCCCAAAAGCUUGCAGAAAAAGCAUACUCCGAGGGGAGCAAAAGAGGGCGGUCCCCCAAAAUGGCAGAGCUGCUUUACGCCAUAUACGAGUGCAGGGCAAAGUAG